AUGCACGCCUGUCUUACCUCUCCUCCCACUGGCAGCCCUAUCAGAGGGUCUAAUCCUGAUUAUCAAAGCAGGAUAGGACGUACCGCUGGUCGUGUUCAGAGGAAACUCGAGCAGGGUUCAGAUAGUAGUGUCCCAAUUUUCUCUAGGACUCCGAGUCGUCAUCCCUCGCUGAGCAAACACUACAAACGUCCCAGAUCACCCCCUUCAUCUGACAUUUCCUAUGAUUCAUCAGAUGAUGAUAUAAUCGCUCCUAUAACUCCUCCUCCCAUACUUCGCAAUCUGGCCCUUUAUGUCAAGAGCACAAAAGAAAGACCCGAGCCCUAUAAGAGAAUUAAUCCUAACAUCAUAGAGCGCUUCUGCGGUGAGGAGUGUUCGGGAUGCAAUGGCUCCACGAUUCCGUUGGAUAAUCCAAAGUCAUUCCAGGACAAAGCUAGACUGACACGUAGAAUGAAGAGCCUGUCUCCCGAGGCCCGUGCUCAAGCCGUGGUCGCGAUCGGAGCUAACGUCGAAUGGAGACGUGCGCGUGCUGUGGCAGCAGCUUUGCAAAUCGACGCAAUUGUGCAACACAAAAAGUUCAUGUGCUUGACUCUUGAGAGUGAAGCUAAAGCAUACGUCAAUGCCAUUUCGGAACCCCUCGAAACCUCAAUUGAGGCGCUGGCUAACUGUACGGCCAGUGGACUCGACGACCGUGAGAGCUGUAGUGUUGCCGCAUACCAGCUUGAGUUGGAGUCGUUCGCUAUUGCUGACAAAGAGCUCGAUCAUGCCGAGAGUUUGACAUUGCAACUCAUGGACUCGGAUGCCAGUGCUACGAGUUCGGACGAAGACAACUUUGGCGGUAGUUUUGGCUCUAUAUGUGGAACUUCGAGGAAUUCCACCGAGUCCGAUGAUUGA